AUGUCCCUACCAACUCAUUAUGAUACAUCGCCCCCGAGUCCCGAGUGGAGCACAGUGAGCCCUCAACAUGGCCAACAGAUCCGAAGCCAAUUCCGCCAGCUCUCGCAUCAUCAAACUUCUGCCACUAUCGACAAUCUCGUGGAAGACGCUGCUGAUCUUGGCCACAUCUUACUUUCGCUGGCCAGCAUCUACCAAAUAUUCUUUCCGCAGAAACAGAUCUUCUCUAUGAUAGAAGAGAGCAAAGAACAGCCGCUAUCUAAGUUCAUUCUGGGCAAACUCUAUGAGCUUCGAUCAAAACUACACUUGAAGAAUGAUUUCGAUGAGGACGCUGCUUCUUAA